AGUGACCAAAUUGAUAGUGAACACAUGACAUUAGGUCACUAAUGGUAUAGAAUUAAUGACCAACGAGGACAACAGGUCACUAAAGAGAUGGACGCGAAAUAUGUGAGCGGGAUAAUUGGGCGCGGUUUCUCAAAGCUUGAAGCGGGAUAUUGAUUUCUUUCAUUUUUUAUUUUUAUAAAAUCUGGUCACGUCUUUUGUUCUCCUUCAAAAACUGAAUGCACCAUCUAGUCUAUCUUCCUCUUUCAGAUGGCUUCUUGUUCUUGCGACUCAUCUUCGUCAGUCAUUCGUGAAGGGAUACAGGGGAGCCUUGCUAUUAAAACUGUGGAACUUCAGGAUUCAGCAGCGACAAUGGUGAGAGUUAGUGUGCUGAAUGAUGCUCUCAAGAGCAUGUACAAUGCAGAGAAACGAGGUAAGUGUCAGGUGAUGUACAUACCUCCAAUAAUAUGGAGUAUUUACUACAUCACCAAGCAUAAGUAACACCUACUUUGGGACAUCCACAAGACAUGGCAAAGCCCAACCGAGACAUGCAUCGUG